AUGAGACCAGUAAUAUAUUAUUUUUUUAUUAAUAUUGGUAUUUUAAAUUUAAUCUUGUUUUUAUCCUUAAUUAUUUGUAUUGAACAGUAUUUAUUAGUAUGCAGUUAAUUUUUGUAUAACAGAUGGAUGAUAACGACUCCAGAUCUCCAACUACAUCAAGUGCUGAUCGACUCAAUAGUUUCCACCCAGAUUGCAAUAAUUUAAAACAGCAAUAUGAUCAAUGUUUCAAUUUAUGGUUUACCGAACAUUAUAUGAAUGGUCAUUAUGACAACAGUGAUUGUCAAAAAGUGUUUGAGAACUAUACUGAUUGUGUAAAAGUAAAUACCUACCUACUUAUAACUUACUUAAUUACUUUAAAUAUAAUUUUAACUGUAUUGUAUUAUAAUAUAAAUACUUCAAUUAGCGUGGUAUGAAAGAAUAUGGACUUCAAUAUGAUCAAAUGUCGAUUUUGAAUUUCGGAAUAAACCAAGAGAAACUGUCCAAAUCCAAAUCUAAGUAGAAUCAUGAAUAAUACUAAUAUAUCAUCAAGCAAUCCAAAUGUUGACGUUGUCGAAGUAUGUUGAUUUCCUAUGUUUGUAAGGUGUUUGUCUGUAUCUUGUAAACUGCUAAAAUCUUUUUGAAAUCAAUGAAACAUUUUUUACAAUAAAACCUUGCACUAGGUACCUAGUUUAAGGAUUUCAAAAUGUUUUGGUUGUUUAGAAAUGGUUCAAAAAUGGACCAUAUUAUAAACUAGGCUAAUAUUAUGUUUUCACCAAGGUAUGGGACUUAUUGCAUUUGCAUACUUUUGUUUUUUUGUAAAAUAUAUUUCUAUGUAAAUAAAUCUAUUUAUCUUUGUCAUGAUAUUAAUAUCAUAAUUCAUAGAUUUUGCAUUAAAGUGCUUUUUUUUCAUUUUUGUGAUUUAUAUAUAUAUAUAUAUUUUGACAAAGUUUAAACCAAAACUACAAAAUUCAACCAAUUAGUAAAUUUAAGUAAGGGUCCCAACUAAAAACAAAAUAUGCUAUUAUAUAUUUGUGUUAUCUAAAAUUUAAUUCACAGUGAAUUAUAAUUAUUUUGUAGUUAUAAAUUAAGGUUAAUAAAAUAUAUAGGUUGCCUCAUAGUCAUGUAAACAUUGUAGAUUCUCCGCAGCACCUACGCAAUCAUGAUAGGCGCUGCGGGGAAUCAUUCUACACAUUUUGUGGUGGCGCAUUGUUAUACAUACUGUAUUCCUAUUCAUAAUUUGUAUAUUAUAUUUUUAAACAAUGUUAUUAUUUGUAUGUUAUACACUUAUAAUAUGCAAUGGCGUAAUUAUGACUUUUAUUAAUUAAUAUUUACAGAAGUUUAUCUAACAAUAUAUUUAUUGAAGAAAUAUUAAACAAAUUUGUGAAAACUGUUCAUUAACUACAAUUAUGAAUAAUAAGUAAAUAAUAAAGUAAAAAUAAAAUUAUUAAAUGGUUAAUACUCGCAAAUAAAUAUAGAGAUAAAUAAAUAAAUGAAUGGGGUGGGAGUAUUAAAAAAUGUCUAUUGUACAACCGAUUUAAAAUUUCAUCAUCAGAUAAAAUCAUAAAGUCAAAAAGUAAAAAAAGACUGAAUAUGAAAAAGUAAAUGAAUUUACAAUACAUAGUUAUAAAUUCAAUACAAAAGAAGUACAAGAAAUUAUUCAAUCAAUAAAUUUAAUUAUUAAUCAAAACUAUUUCUAAUAUAAUAAUAAAUUAUGUUCGCUAAAAAAAUUAUAGGUGGACCUUAUUAUAGUAAAUAAUAACCAAAUAGUUUAUAUUUCUUAACAUAUCUAUGUCUAAUAAUAACUUAUUUUAAAUAAUCUCUCUUAUUAAAAUAAAUUAUUUCUAUGUAAAACUACCCUUUUGUAUAAUUUUUCGCUAUGUCUUCAUUUAUUUUUUAAUAUUCAGUCGCAUUACUUCUUGACUUUAUGAUUUUACCUGAAUAUGAAUUUUUAAUUUGAAACCCCUAUAAUACACUUUUCAUAAUACUCCAGGCGAAACAUUUAUUUAUUUAUUUAAUAUUAACAAUUUUUUUUUUGAACAUGAUUUUUAUUUAGACAAUUUGUUAUAAUACAGUAUCAUAAUAUAGAUACCUUGGUACAUCAUUAAAUGAAUAAAAAAGGUAUAGUUUGUUCAAUUGAAUUAUUUUUAUUUAUUUUACUAUAUGAUAAACAAUAAUUUUUGUUAAUAAACAACUAACCAACUAUGUAUAUAUCAUUAUAUUUUUAUGUCUACCACACAUAAAAAUAGAAUGAUAAAUGGCCACAGUUGUCAGUCUUUGGAUUUGGUGAAUUUAAAAAUUUUAGAUUCAGAGUUGAGCAAAGAAGCCUAUGGUUGUACUGUAGAGAAAUCAUUUUUCAAUUUUUUCAAGAGUUUCCUCAUCAAAUUUGAAAAACCGAGAAAAACAGAAUAAUAUAAGAGAUGUAGGUAACAACAGAUAAAUUUAGUGUAGGUAUUAUAGUGUAGCAUCAUUUUUAAAAAAUUUAACUCUUGGAACACAACUUAUAAUUCAGAUUUUAAAUCUUAAACAAAAUAAUCUUCUUUAAAUUUAUCAGAACAUAUUAUAAAUAAUUCCAGGUGUCAUUGUGCUUACAUUUAUUAGACCACUCUUUAAGAAGUAUAUUAGACUUUGGAAACCUUUAAAACAAAAUACAUUUCUCUCACCUAAUGAAUAGGAUUAUUACUUAUUGCACUUAAAAUCACAAAAAAACAUUUUAAAACAUCAAAAAAGCCUUGAAAAAAAGUACUUUAAACAAAUAUUAUUAGACCUAAUGGUAAAAGGGUUUAAAUGUCCUCUGUCUAACUACUCCAAAUUAUUAAAUAUAAUUUUCUAAUACUACAAUAAUUAUUAUCAACAAUUUAUUUUGUUUAAAUAAAAUUGUAAAAAAAAAUAACUGGGUUAAUAAUUUGUGUAGCGUUUAAAAAUUAUAUUUUAUAGGUCAAAGCCAUUAGAGGAAGGACAUUUAAACCCUUCUAACAUUUAGUUUAAUAAUAUUUGCUUGAAGUGCUUUUUUUUAAUGUUUUUAAGAGCUCUUUUAUGAACUUUAAGUGCAAUAAGUCCCAAAACCCUACUAAUGAAUAUGUAUAGUUUAUAAAGUAAUUAAAAGUAUAUAUAUAAUAUAUGUAACAUACCUCUGAAAAGAUAAAUUGAUUCUACCAAUGUUUUUGGCUUUGUCUGAUUAAUUUGUACAUUGCAAAGCAUAAACUGCCUUGUGAUUUGCAUUUUGGAGUUGCCAUUAAAACAAAUUUAGCUAAAAAAAAUUUUGAAAAUAACUAUUGUAAAUUUGAUUAGUCUUAUAAUGAACAAAUAAUGUCAUACACUGAUUUCCCUAUUCCCAUUUGUUUAGAUUUUUGGUAUGAGGCAAUCUGUAUUACAUUAUUAACCUUGGAUAUAAAUAACUUUUUUUUAAAAAAAAUAUGAUUGCUUGUAUCAUUGUAUUCUAAUAACAACACAACUGCUUAGUGUUUCCCUGGCUUUAGAUUUAUAACAAGUUCUAUCAUGUGUUCUUCAUUAAACAGUUUUCCUUUAAAAAUGUGUUAAAACGUAUUCAACUAAACAGUUGUUUUACUUUUGGUAUUUUAAUAUGAAAUACAAACAUUACAAACACAAUAUCAGGAAGUAUUAUUUAUUUAUUUAUUCAACUUAACAAAGGUAAUAAAAUAUAUAUAUGAGUACAAUAUAAUAAUACCUGAUUACCCCUAUCUUUAAGCAAACUUAUGGUAAAAGGGAGGUAAGUAUGGUUGUACACGAAUUAAACCAUUAUUAGUAUUUCAUUAUUGGGGAUAAUCUUUGUGGUACCUACAGCAUUUUUUGUCUUAUUAUGCAACGAGCUCUAUUGAUGAACAAUUAUCAAUUGGUCAAUAGAUCAAUGAGUCAAUACAUGGAUAAAUACAAAUUUAAAAAUAAUCAAAAUGUAAAUAUUUCCUUGGUUAGAUAUUAGUAUUAUUAACUUAAUGCUAUUUUUUUAAAAAUACUAAAAUAUGCAAAAUAAUCUAAAAAUUUUCGAAUAUGCAAAAUAAAAUUGUGCAUUCUAACAUAUUUAAUAAAAUAAAUUGACUAAAAUUCAAAUUUGUGUCUUACUUAGCUAAUUCAAAAAAAUGUGUAAAUGAAUAUAAUUCUGAGUCCUACUAAUGAUGAACUUAUGGUAUAGGCAUUCUUUAAAAUCAUAGUUUAGAUUGAGUACCAAUACUAGUUGUUAUAUAAUAAUUUUAUUUAUUUGUCCAGUCAAUUUUAAUGUGAACCUACUUAAAUAGUAAAUUAGUAAUUAAUAAGUAUUUUAAAUUCAUAUUUUUCAAUUUUUUUUUUAUGUUUAUUACACAGUUUAUAAUGCAUAUUUCGAUAUGGCAAAGUACAUAUUUUUUAACUAGUGUAAAUUUAAAAACUGUUUUGCCAUAUUAUAGAAAGUGUAGUAUAUUUUAAAUUUAAUCUUGAGUUAUAUUUUUUCCAAUGCAAAUCUUGGUCAAAUGUAUCAUCUAAGUAAAUUAUUAUAAUUGGUUCAUAAUAUAAUAACUACUGAGUCCAUUGUGAAAACUUAGUUACCAUUUAACUGCAUCAUACAAACAUGGUAAUUACUAUUAUUAUUGUUCAAUGAUUAUAACACUGAAUUUAAGAUUUAAGAGUCAAAAUAAUAAACAUUUUUAUAAAAUGUGUACACACGAUAGUUUCAAAAAAAGCCUUCACAUCUUUACUAGACUUGUUUUUUUUUCUGUGGUCACCUAGGGUGGAAGUAUUAUAUAAAUGUUUUAAAUAACUUAUUUGUAUGUUUGAAUAUUAUUAAUUUUUUAAUAGUAUUUUCAUUUAUUGUUUAUAUAAUGCAUGUUUUAAUUAUAUACAAAUUGAGUUUUACUAAUAUGUUUAAACAAAAUGUUAAAAUAAAACAAUUUUUUAAAUACCUAUUAUAAGUAUGCUAAAUUCAUAAAUUAAUUAACUUGAAAUUUAAAGUUUUCUUAAAACUGCUAAUACUGCUAAAACCAUAAGGUUUUGUAAUCAAAUAAAAAAAAAAUUUCCAAUGAAUUAUAAAUUAUAUAAAAGUAUUAAAAUUAAAAUACCAUAAUAUUCAACUUAAAAUAAUUUUGGAAAACAAAUCUAUAAUAAUGUAAUAGAUAAUUAGCCUAUACUAAUUGCUUAGUAAAUUUAACUAUUUUUCUUAAAAUAUUAAGAGAAAUCAUUAUUAUAUUAAUAUAUUAUAAGUAUGACAAGUUAUGUAACUAAUAAAAAUAUUGUUUGUUAUUAUAGGAGGAUCAACGUCUGCUUCAAUUGGAAAACUCUCUAGAUAUAGAAUUAAAAAAUCUACAAGAAAAAAAAAAAGAAAGAGAUAAAAUUAUGAAGGCUUUACAUCAUUACAAUGACAUUAAAGAUACCACUCAAAUUGUGUUGGGGCAACUAGCCAUUUUAGAAGGAGUAACUGUUGCUGAAAUCCACCGAAAAUAUAAUUUGCUUGAAUCUGAUUGA